CCCAAAAAAAAUAGAACAGCCUCUAUACCCCGAACCGUUGUCUGACGUCGGAGGCGCCACUUGUAAUCCCCGUCAGCACCGGUUUCUGGGAUAUAAACGAGGUUGAACAAGUGUAAACGUGGAGCUCCGCCUACAUCAUACCCAUCCCGGCCGUACGGUGCAAUUACAUAGGUUACCUCUGGACUGCUUGACCGUCUCCUGUCUAGUGACCUGAAGUACCUGCGGUACCUAUAGUUUACCUUCGCACGUUACGAUUGUCCCCCCAGUGACGCUUGGUCCUUCAUAACCCCGUUGUCUCCAUCCGAUCACUUCAUAUUCCCCCUCUUAUCCCCCUCAUCCAUCGUCUUCCUCUUCUUCUUUUCUUUCCACCAUGGCCGAUCAAGAACCUUCCACUCCCAACCCGGACUCCUCUAGCACCUCCACCCCCAACAAGCCCAAGCGUGCCCCUCCAAAGCUCGGCAAGAAGUCUCCUGCCAAGCAGGAACAGACUCCUCCACCCUCCGAAAAAGGUCAACAAGAAGAAGACCACGAAGAAUCCGAGAAGCCUCAGGCAGAAGACAACGAGACUGCUGAGAAUCAAGAUCAAGAUCAGGACCAGGACCAGGACCAGGAUCAAGAUCAACCAGAGCCGCGCAAGCAAGAGCCCGAUUCCGAAGAGGAACAGGAGAAAGACGCUGAGCCCGAACCCGAACCCGAACCUCAACCAAAACCCGAACGCCGUCGUCGCAAGACCCGUCCUCUCCAGCGCGCCCAAGACUCUGACGUCGAAUCUAUUCCCCGUAACGAAAUGGAGGGUCAACCCGAACAACGCCGCCAGCGCACCCGCCGCACCCGCCAGGCCCAGCAGCAGCAGCAAGGCCAAGAGGGCGGUCCCCUCGGCGGCCUCGGUGGUCUCGGUGGUGUCGACCAGGCAGGUCAACUGGUGCAAAACACCGCCGGCAAUGCGCUAAACGGCGUCACCGGCUCAGCCGGUAAGGCCGUCGGCGGAAUCCUGGGCGGCGGACAGAAGGAGGAGAAGGAAGACGGCGGUCGUGAUGAGCAGUUGCGACUGCGACUGGAUUUGAAUCUGGAUAUUGAGAUUCAGUUGAAGGCGAAGAUUCACGGUGAUCUUACCUUGGGGUUGUUGAACUAAUUUGUGUUGGAUAGCAGCUAGACGGUUUUUUUUUUUUGCACCGUCUACUAUAUUUGAUUGCUAUUCGACUCAUUUCACAUUCCCACUUCGAUUUAUUUCAUGCCCCUCAUGAUGAACAACUCCCAUACGUUACGCUUACGCUUUACCUUCCUGGGCGAUGCAAGAUGCAGGACUGCAUGGCUUCGCUUGAUUUCCUAUUUUCCCCAUUUUCUUUUGUUAUUGAAAGUAUCUUUUACUCGUGUUACGUUUCUUUUUGUGUUGAUUUUGCCUCGGCUGCCCCUCCAUUUCCUCCUAGAUCUGGCUCGGCCGCUUCUGGUGUCUGGCCUGUGAUGAAUAUUUCUUGGAUGUACAGUACAAUUAUCUCCCUCGUCCUUAGUAACUGGCUUUUGGCGAAUGGGAUAAUGAAGACUACAUGAUUCAGAAGAUUGGAUUUUAA